GGUUCUCAAUGUCUACUAUUAGGACUUGUGUGAAAAGCUGAUGAUGUUUUAGGUCAUAUUUUUGCAGAUAUAAUCGUUUGCAGAAAUUUCACAUUUUCAAGCUCUGUAUGAAAUUAUACCCAAAAAGUUAUUCAGGCCCAUAACACAUUUUGCCACAUGAUCUGGGGUGAUUGUAUGUAUGUUAUGGCAAAAUUUCAUGAGAAAGGGCUUACCAGCCUUUGAUUGCCAGCCUUCCCCUCAGCAAAGAUAUGUGAAGAAUAUGAGAGAUUGUUGUCACAUGCAGGGAGUGACCAGUGCUUGCCAGAUAUUCCUGCAGUUCCUUUAAUGUUGCAAGAUGAACAAAACCAAGAUGAUAUCAAGAAAAUCCUACAGGAACAGCUGAUCUUUAUUUAGGGUUAACCAGAAUCACUUAACUGAUGACAGGUGUAUGAUAAUUAUUUUUGAACAUAAGUUUGAAUAUGACUAAUUAAUUUUGAGCACAGUCACAUGCACCAUUUUAAUAGGGUGUGCACACUUAUGCACUUACGGUUAUUGUUUUUUUAUUUCUCAUUCUUUUCUUAAAAUAUCACAUUAAAGGUGGAAAAAGAUCUGAUAUGAUUUAUCUUGGUUUAAUUGUUUUUAUAUCACAAAAACCUGAAAUUUAACAGGGGUGUAUACAUUUUUUGUGUCCAUUGUGUAUGCGUGUGUGCGUCUGUGCGUGUGUGUGCAUGUGUGUGUGUACGCGCGCGCGCGCGUGUGUGUGUGUGUGUGUGCAUGCACAUGUGUGUGCAUAUUGAUGCAGAUGCUCAUUGAUUUCUUGCAUAUUUUGCAUUACAACUUUCUCAAACUGAGAAGAAAAUCUCAAAACACACAAUCUCCCCUAUUCCAAGCCUUUUCUAGUCACUGAAGUAUAUUUUCUCAUACACUCAGGCAGGUUCUCACUUGUAAAGCUGUUUUGGAUUGCAACAAGCAUUUUCUGUGCAAUACAUAAUGUGCUUAAUCUGGUUGACUCAUCUUCAUCUGUGGCAUUUGAAGUAUACAGACAUCAGAUUUUAGGUUGCCUAAGAUGUUUUAUGGUGUUUAAUUAACUCUUAAGUGCAUUUAAGUAACACAUAAUCACACACAUGUGUAGAGACUCAAUAAGGUUACUAUUCAAAUUUUGCUGAGUGUAUGUUGGCCUGUUUGUCAUUAGCAUAUAGUCUAAUGCGUCUAGAUGCGUCUCAGUUCUCACUAAGCCCCACCUCAGACCCCUAGCUUCCUGUUUGUCAACUGGAUAGUCUCAGAUAAAACUCAUGUGUGCUCACACAUGCUUAAAUGUGCACACAACAAUGCAAAUGCAUAAAUACAGACAUGAAUGUGAACAAAUGUAUGAACAUGCCAAAAGAAUUUAACAUGCACACAUAAGCAGAAACACAGAUCCAUAUGUUUAUGGAAACUUUCAAGGCCUAGUCAGGUGUAGCCAUUAUGAGGAAAACGAGUGCUGAGCAUGGCAUUUAAAGACUUUGAAAUAUUGGCAUAGAGUCUGACACCUGGUGGUAGAGUCCUGCACUCUAAACACGUAUUAUACAGAAGUCCCCCCCUCCCACAGAGUUUAUAACAACAAGGUUAAGAACAGUGUGCUUUCCACAGGCAGGUCAAGUGGCACUGUCUCUCUAGGUUUAUAACCUCUGGAUUCUUUAUAUGGUUCUCAUGUUAGACGGAAAGCCUCCUCUGCGGCCUUUUCUGUAAGCUUAUGAGGCCACACCCCUGCUUUUACCUUUGAGCUACCUGUCCCAUUUUCAUUGCUGGAUGAGUGUAAAUGGAGAAGGGAAGAAGAGUUUCAGUGAAUUCGAUGUCCACUGAGUCAUUUUACUGUAGGUUGUUGAAAUAAUCUCCAAGCUCAGUCUUGGACUAAAUACUCCCACUUUAUAGAAACGAGUCUUAUAUUUUGAUGCAUAAUUCAAGGAUUUUUGUCUGCUGGGGUCAGAUAUUUGCCCCAGUCUCCCCUCCCCCACUAAGUUCCCCAGCCAAUCGAAACCACCCCCAGAGCUCACCUGAAGGGAUUUGCUUUUAUGUCCCGCCCUGUCUGCUGAUUGGUUAGGAGAAAAUGUUCUGCUUCACAGCUCAGCGUCCCAGUGGUUGCUUACACACUGACACAGAGUGAGAGACAGAGAGCAAAUUGCUUCACCAUACUGGUCUGACAAAAAAGAGAAAUUGCUUAGAAGCCAUUUCUCACUCUUUUAUAGUUUCAUUUUAACUUUAUCUCUUGUUGAUGAGAGUGGGAUAGGCAGAAGGUCACUCGGUGUUCGGUACCUUCAGCAUGCAUUUCUCGUUGCUUUAGACACACCCCACCCUUGGGUAUUUUUUUUCUCCUGCCAACCUUCUGUUUUUUCUCUCAGUUUUGUUGUAAUUCAGAUCUGACAGAUCCUCCACCGCAAACAUGGAGUGUGACAAAAAGACCUGUUUUGCUGAGCUGGAUGACCCAUCUGUGUUUCCAGCGGUGAUCGUGGAGCAGGUGCCGGCUGCUGACCUCAUGCAAGUGUACUCAGGGUUGGAGGCUGAUGAGGUCACCAAUGGUAUCAUGGUAGACACCAUGCAGGAUGUAGUGGAGGAGAACAUUAUGGUGGGAAAUGUAGGGCUGUCUGUAGAGACUCCAGUCUCUGGAGGAGAAGAUAAUGUAGAGACCAUUGAGGCAGCUGAGGCUUUGCUGAAUAUGGAGUCUCCCAAUAACAUCCUGGAUGAGAAACGCAUGAUUCACACAUAUGGAUCUCUGCUGGAUCCAGACCUGACCUACAUAUCUUUGCGGCCGGAGCAACUUAAUGCUGACUGCAUAGAUGUCUCUCUGGAUGAAGAAACAUCAUCUAUGGAUGAGAUUCCUCAGAAGAGUCCAUCCAAACCACCUAGGAAAAAUAAAGUGCGCAAACCUAGGGUGGUGCGCCCUUGUUCCCCCAUCACCAAUCCCUCUCUCCCACUGAAGAAAAAGAGUAAAGAAGGAAAAGGUAACACGAUUUAUCUGUGGGAGUUUUUGCUGGCUUUGCUGCAAGACAAAAACACAUGUCCCAAAUACAUCAAGUGGACACAGAGAGAGAAGGGUAUCUUUAAGCUAGUGGACUCCAAGGCUGUAUCCAAGCUGUGGGGAAAGCACAAGAACAAGCCUGAUAUGAACUAUGAGACCAUGGGAAGGGCUCUCAGGUAUUACUACCAGAGGGGCAUUCUUGCCAAAGUUGAAGGUCAGAGGCUUGUGUACCAGUUUAAGGAGAUGCCUACAGACUUGGUGGUGAUUGAUGAAGAUGAUGGGCAGUGUGGAGACUCCAGCCCUGGUUUUGGCAGUCAGCGCUCCAACUGCCACAGUCGUGUCAUGAGCCGCGGAGCAUUGCGUGCCCAGGGCAAAGGGUCAGGCCACGCACAAACUAAGGCAGUGAAGAAGGAGCCAGGUGCCAGUGUGCUCUACCAGAAUGCCAAAUAUAAACAAAGUGAGCAGCUGCUGCAGACUGUACAUGUGCUGCAGCCAAACCAGGGGGCUGCUGUUCCUGCUCCUGCACACACAAUGAGAGCCAUUAACAUGCCUGCCACUGUUCCCAUGGUCCUUACAUCCGGAUCGCAAGGAGGAGCACCAGUCACACUGCAAACGGUGCCCCUGUCUGUACUGGCCAACAGUGACUCUCUGAAUGGUCUGACCCGUGUGGUUACACUCAAUGCCAAUGGGCAGCCUGUGGUAGCGCAGCAGCCUGGUACUGUCAUUGCCACUGUGCUGAAGCCUGGAGAGCUUCAGAACUUGCAGGUAAAAGAGGAGAUCCUGGAGCCACAGUUCCUGCAGUCGCUGGUCAAUGGCAAUCCAUUCUACAAGGAGGAGACGGAUGGGGAGUCAUCUGAGCUUGGCCAUAGGACUGUGAUUGUUGGUGUUGCUAGCCAGGGCAUGUGCCAGCUUACUAACGGACACUCAGAGGCAGGGGCAGAGCUGGCAAGCAGCCCCAGUGAAGGUCUAACCCCAGUGGAAGAGCUGGAGGUGAAGAGCGAAAUUGCCGGAGCCAAAGAGUUGCUAGAUUGCCCGCAAGUGCCUAUUGCUGUGCAAAUACCCACUUCCCAGUUCAUCCAGGUAAAAACAGAGCUCUCUGAGACCUAAAAAGUUAACCAAGGUCAGGAGACCGCAGACUGUGCUUAAAUAAUUCAGUGAUAGUCACCUGAGGACAAUUGUUUACUCACAAUAUUGUGAUAUUGUGCUUAAAUUUGAAUAUUAAGGGAUAUAAAGAUCUAAUGGCUGGCUCUGUGGCAUCACCUUCAAUCCAAUAUGCAAUCCUGUAAUCAGAGACCAGCCAUUUAUUGGACCAGGGAUUGUUCUGCCAUGUGCCAGUUUCUUAUUAUGUUUCAUCUCCUUAGACUUACCUGCAUUUUUUAAUAUGCUCCACCUAAAACAGAGCCAACAGCACAUUGAAGUGUUGACACAGAGCUGCUAUGGAACAAAAAUAACCCAAUAUAUCGUAGGUUCAAGAAUAUUUUCACUUAAAAGGGGUGAAGUCUUUGCCUGUGGUUUAUUGCUGUCCAGACUGAAAGAGUGCCUUCUGUAACUGGCACAAAUGGUUGGAAUUAUUUUUUUUUAAAUAUAUCUUAGAUUUGGUGUGAGAAUAUGCUGAUGGAAAAAUGUUGUUGUGGACUACAGACUUUGCCUAUAAAACCACAUGGCUGAGACCAGGUUAUUUUCAAAUCAUAUUACAAAGAUUCCUAAAGGAUUUGUUGUGCUACUAUGGAAAUGGGCAUUUCCUGUCAUAAGAGAAAACUUAAUUAGACCUUUAUAUAUUUACUGAAUACAGAGACAGUACAAUGGCAGAUUCCCUAAUCAUCUGCUACAGAAGCAGAGUAUUUCUCCAUUAUUCCUUAAUCAAUUUUAUAUAAAUCAAAUGUCAUAUAAGACAGAAUAUACAGUAUAUAAAUAUAUAUGAUAUAUAAUUGAGUUUAUGGCCACACAUUUAUUUAUUUUGUGAAUUUCUAAAUUCUGUAUAAAAGGUAAUUUUUUAAAAUUGUAAUAAAUAUUGGGAUCAUGCAGUGUAAUAUAUAUAUAUA